GGACCAGCGGAAUCAACCGUUGCUCCGAGGCCGCUUCCAGAAGAGAUGACAGAGAAUCCAGAUGAUAUUCUCAAGCAGGAUGCCAACAACUCGGAUACCGUCUCUGGCGUUGAGCUUCCAGAGCCGAGCGCAUCCCCGGAUGCAGUCGCUAAUCCUGCAGUCGAGCAACCCGUGCAUAUCGGGCCUCAAACAUCACAGACAAACGAAACUGGCCCAGAGGAGGCCGCUUUAGUGACCAAAGUGACCGAAUCCUCAAAUGCUGUCCCUGCCGCCAUCAAAGAAACAGAUCAUAGCGCCGAAGUUUCAGUCUCCCCACCAGCAGACGAAAUAUCCGAGUCUGCCGGUCCUACUCUCGCCGCUGACCAGCCGAAUCCGGAACACACACCCGAGCCAGAGAGUGUUGCGGUCAUGAGCACCCCUGUGGACCCGGCUGCGACAACAAGCCCCUCGGAAACCGAAACCAGUGGUAGCAAAGUGCACCAUACCUACAUCAAGCUCGCUGCAGAGCCUGACGUCCACGAAGCAGAUUUCGAGCCCGUAACGGUGGCAAGUGCUCCAGAGCAUUCCGUGACCAAAGCCGAAGAAGCUGCUACCGAUUUGGUGG